AUGGCAACCUCUAGUCGGCAGCUCAUCGCACGUUGCAUGUCCAGCAGCACUGCCGCCAAAAAGCUGGUCAUCAAACAUGUCACCGUGAUCGGGGGCGGCCUGAUGGGCUCCGGGAUAGCUCAGGUGGCUGCAGUAACAGGACACACCGUAGUAUUAGUAGACCAGACUGAUGAAAUUUUGAAAAAGUCAUCUAAAAAUAUAGAGGAGAGCUUGAAGAGGGUCGCCAAGAAGAAGUUUGCAGAACAGCCUGAGGCAUCCUCUCAGUUCCUUCAGAAAACAUUAUCAAACCUAAGCACAAGCACAGACGCUGCAGCAGUAGUGCACAGCACUGAUCUGGUCAUAGAGGCAAUUGUAGAAAACUUGGAAGUGAAACAUGAACUCUUCAAGAGACUGGAUAAAUUUGCUCCAGAACAUACCAUAUUUGCCAGCAACACGUCUUCCUUGCCAAUAACUGACAUAGCCAAUUGCACAACUAGGCAGGACCGGUUUGGAGGCUUACAUUUCUUCAAUCCCGCCCCAAUGAUGAAGCUAGUGGAGGUCAUUAAGGCCCCUAUGACCAGCCAGACAACUUUUGAUUCACUCAUCGAUUUUAGCAAAGCACUUGGAAAGACGCCCGUGUCAUGUAAGGACACUCCUGGCUUCAUUGUUAAUCGCCUUCUGGUACCCUACCUGAUGGAAUCGGUCCGCCUUUAUGAGCGAGGACAUGCAUCUAAAGAAGACAUCGACAUUGCAAUGAAAUUGGGAGCUGGUUAUCCAAUGGGCCCUUUUGAACUGUUGGAUUAUGUUGGUCUUGACACUAGCAAAUUCAUCGUUGAUGGUUGGUACCAGAUGGAACCUGAUAACCCACUGUUUGCUCCCAGCGAGUUGCUUAAUAAACUGGUGGCUGAGAACAAGCUGGGAAAGAAGACUGGAGAAGGCUUUUAUAAAUACAGAUAA